UUUUUUGCGACGUUUGCGACUGUCCAGGCAAUGGCGCACGCAUCGUAAUACGGCAGUGAGAAGAAGAUGGCGGAGGGAGAGAAAAAUGCAGAGCUACUCAAGGAGAAGGCGAAUAGUUACUUCAAAGAGAAAGACUACGAAAAUGCAAUCAAGUACUACACAGAGGCCCUGGAGCUCAAUCCAGCCAAUGCCAUCUACUACAGUAACCGAAGUCUGGCAUACCUACGCACAGAGUGCUAUGGCUAUGCCCUGGCUGAUGCUACGAAGGCCCUGGAGAUAGACAAAAACUACAUCAAGGGGUAUUACCGCCGUGCCACCUCCAACAUGGCACUGGGAAAGUUCAAAGCAGCACUUAAAGACUAUGAGACGGUCGUCAGGGUUCGACCCAAUGACAAGGAUGCAAAGAUGAAAUAUCAGGAGUGCAACAAGAUUGUGAAACAGAAGGCCUUUGAGAGAGCCAUCGCCAGCGAUGAGAUAAAAAAAUCUGUCGUGGACUCUCUAGACAUCGAAAAUAUGACAAUUGAGGAUGAGUAUGCAGGCCCCAAACUUGAAGACGGAAAGGUCACAUUGAAGUUCAUGAAGGAGAUGAUGGAUUGGUUCAAGGACCAGAAGAAACUGCACAGAAAGUGUGCUUAUCAGAUUUUGGUCCAAGUUAAAGAGGUUCUAUCCAAACUCCCAAGUCUGGUUGAAAUCACAUUAAAAGAGACAGAAAAGAUAACAAUUUGUGGUGACACUCAUGGACAGUUCUACGACCUUCUCAACAUCUUUGAAUUGAACGGCUUACCCUCACAGACCAACCCCUAUCUGUUCAAUGGGGACUUUGUGGAUCGUGGCUCUUUUUCUGUUGAAGUCAUUCUUACCCUGUUUGGCUUCAAGCUUCUUUACCCUGACUGCUUCCACUUGCUUAGGGGUAACCAUGAGACAGACAACAUGAACCAGAUGUAUGGAUUUGAAGGGGAGGUCAAAGCCAAGUACACAGCCCAGAUGUUCCAGCUGUUUAGUGAGGUCUUCCAAUGGCUGCCUCUUGCACAAUGUAUCAACAGCAAAGUGCUAGUAAUGCAUGGGGGACUGUUCAGUGAAGACGGCGUCACAUUGGAUGACCUCAGGAAGAUUGACAGGAACAGACAGCCUCCAGAUUCUGGCCCCAUGUGUGACCUCCUGUGGUCAGAUCCACAGCCUCAGAAUGGCCGGUCAAUCAGCAAGCGGGGAGUGAGUUGUCAGUUUGGGCCGGACGUAACAGAGCGCUUCCUGGAACAGAACAAGCUGGACUUCAUUGUGCGUAGUCAUGAGGUCAAGGCUGAGGGCUACGAGGUCACUCACUCAGGAAAGUGCAUCACCGUGUUCUCAGCACCCAACUACUGUGAUCAGAUGGGAAACAAAGGAGCUUAUAUCCACCUCAGGGGAUCUGACCUCAAGCCAGAAUUUCACCAGUUCACUGCUGUGCCUCAUCCGAAUGUCAAGCCCAUGGCAUACGCCAACACGCUAAUGCAGAUGGGGAUGAUGUAGAGGCCACGCUAUUCUGUCUGUGACACUGACGACCUCCCAUCUGACCUGAACCAUCCCAGCCACCUCACUCCCUCCAGUGCUCCAGUGAACAUGCUUUUGUUCAUGCUUAGCCUAAGGGAUCCCUCUCCCUGAACACCUCCCGCUAGUUGUAUUGAGAAUACACAUGGUGUAGCUCAGAUGGGAACACAUCACUCAGACCAGCCCAGUCAAGCCUUGGGCACGUUCGUUCAUGUAUCGGUUAAAACUGGAAAAAAAAAAAAAAAAAUCCCAGUUUCCAUUGUCCAUUUGCACACACGUGUUCCACCACUGGGUAAAGAAACCUACCCAGAAAACUGCAGAUGCAUCCUUUUGGAGCUGCUUGGAUUUUAAAUGUUUGGUUCUAUGAUAUUCUCAGCAGAUGGGAUAAAGUAGCUGGUAUGUACCAAAGAUCUGUAAUGGAAUUGAUUGAUUGGUUUUUACAAGGAGCAACUUCUGACUCAAAAACCUAGCAUUGUACUGGUGGCCUGUGUACACAGCUUAGAGAGCAUCUAGAAAUGGGUUGAGAGCAGCAUGUUCAUGUUUAUCAGUAUUUCUCAAGCAUCCUACUUUAUGGCACAGUUUAUAAAAAAAAAACAAAAAAAAACGUUUUUUUAUUUUAUUUUAUAGAACUACAAAAGAUAGUAAUUUAGGUGGAUGAUUCCGUUUCAAAAACAACAACAAAUGGAGUAUUCAUUGGAGAUGGCACUGUUUGGCUCAGAGUACACUCUGAAAGGUGCUGUUUUGCCAUUAGUUGUGUAUUUAGCUGGUUCAAUCAUGUAACUGUUUCUCUCAUUUCCUUUGCACUGCUGCACUGCUUCCUGCUGAGGAAGAAACUGCUGCUCUCCGUGUCUCAUCCUCGUCUGUCACUUUGCCACUCACCCGGCAGCUCCCCACAGUCCACUAUCCCAACUAGCUUUGGUGUAAAGCAAGCACUGGUGGCACUCCAGUCCCCAAUCCAUGUUUGAUAGCCAGUGACUUACCCCAUGUGUGGAUUUCCUCAAUACACAGACGUCCAGAAACCAAUCCUCUCUUGAAGCGCACAGCUACAUUACCCUAUGGCCCUCAAAUUUUAGAUAAGAAAAAUACACUGAUGUGUAUGUGUAUAUGCUGUAUAUAUACAUACAUAUACAUACAUACAUAUGCUGUAAGAUUCCGUGUACAUGUUUGGAGAAAGUUAUUGAAUAAAAAAAUGCAGUCCAGUGA